CAGGCGCUUGUGUAAGGCGGUUCAGGUCGUGUCCGCGCCUGACGUUAAAUCCGCCCGGUUAGGUUGUCUCGCGCAUCUUUCAUUUCCGGGCCUGGAGGUUGUUGGGGUCUCGUGCUUGUAACCGCGAUGGCGAGCGUCCGUGCAGCUGGAGCUUUGUGCAGACUGAUGGCGAGCAGAUACUCUCACUUCUCAGGACAUGGAAGGCGUAACCUCUCUGCGUUAGCAGGUUCAUUAGCUCGCAGUCAUGUAAAUUACGAGAUUAAAGAUAACGUGGCUGUGGUGAGGAUCAACGAUCCAAACUCCAAGGUAAACACGUUGUCGAAGCAGAUGCAAGCUGAACUGUCCGAGGUGAGGGAGAUUUGGGGAAACGGAGCGGUGAAGAGCGCUGUGCUCAUCUCCUCCAAACCGGGCUGCUUCAUCGCAGGGGCUGAUAUCAACAUGAUCAAGGCCUGUACAAGUGCAGAGGAAGUGACCUCACUGUCACGAGAAGGACAGAAGAUGUUCGAGAAGAUUGAGAAGUCCCCCAUCCCCAUUGUCGCUGCCAUUAACGGCUCCUGUCUGGGCGGCGGUCUGGAGUUUGCCAUUGCGUGUCAGUACCGAGUGGCCACUAAGAGUAAGAAGACGGUUCUGGGCACGCCGGAGGUGAUGCUGGGGCUCCUGCCUGGAGCUGGAGGAACUCAGCGACUCCCCAAGAUGGUGGGACUUCCUGCUGCGUUUGACAUGAUGUUGACGGGGAGGAACAUCCGAGCAGACAAGGCCAAGAAGAUGGGGCUCGUCCACCAAGUCAUCGAUCCACUGGGUCCAGGACUGAAGAGCCCAGAGGACGUCACUAUCGACUAUCUGGAGAAAGUGGCUGUGGAUGUUGCUAAAGAUCUCGCUAAUAAGAAGAUCACAGUGGAGAAGAAGAAAGGCUUAAUGCAAAAGCUGCAGGAUUCAGUGAUGGGAAUAGCUUUUGUAAGGAAACAGAUCUACAACAUGGUCACCAAUAAAGUCAUGAAACAAACUAAAGGCCUUUAUCCAGCACCGCUAAAGAUCAUAGAGUGUGUGCAGACGGGAAUAGAAGAUGGUUCAGUUGCCGGGUUCCAGAAAGAGUGUGAGAACUUCGGAAAGUUGGCGAUGACGCCGGAGUCGCAAGGCCUCAUUGGUCUGUACCAGGGUCAGGUGACCUGUAAGAAGAAUAAUUUCGGAAAACCAGAGAGAGAAGUGAAGACCCUGGCGAUCCUGGGGGCAGGGCUUAUGGGGGCAGGUAUUGCCCAGGUAACUGUGGAUAAGGGUGUGGCGACAAUCCUGAAGGACACAGCGCUGGAGGGACUGUCCAGAGGACAACAGCAGGUCUACAAUGGGCUGAAUGAUAAGGUGAAGAAGAGGAGCAUAACCUCGUUUGAGAGAGACUCUACUCUCUCGUUCCUGACCUCGCAGGUGGACUACACCGGCUUUGACAAGGCUGACAUGGUUAUUGAGGCCGUUUUCGAGGAUCUGGCCAUCAAACACAAAGUGCUGAAGGAAGUGGAAGCUGUGACCCCUCCGCACUGCAUCUUUGCCUCCAACACUUCAGCGUUGCCCAUCCGAGACAUCGCCGCCGUCAGCAAGAGACCCGAGAAGGUGAUCGGGAUGCACUAUUUCUCUCCAGUGGAUAAGAUGCAGUUGUUGGAGAUCAUCACCACUGACAAAACGUCAAAAGACACGACCGCGUCGGCUGUCGCUCUCGGCCUUAAGCAGGGAAAAGUAAUCAUCGUGGUCAAGGAUGGUCCAGGAUUCUACACGACUCGUUGUCUGGCUCCGACCCUCGCAGAGGCGAUCCGAGUGCUGCAGGAAGGGGUAGGGCCAAAGAAGCUUGACGACUUGACGAAAGGUUUUGGGUUUCCCGUUGGUGUGGCAACCCUGGUGGAUGAGGUCGGUGUGGACGUGGCGGCUCAUGUGGCAGAGGAUCUCGGGAAGGCAUUCGGGUCCCGAUUCGGAGGCGGGAACGUGGAGGUGCUGAAGACCAUGGUGCAGAAAGGCUUCAUCGGUCGGAAGUCAGGGAAGGGAUGUUAUGUGUAUGCCGCCAAAUCUAAGGAUAAGCAGCUGAACUCAGGAACUGAGGAGAUUCUGGAGAAGUUCAAACUGGUGGCACCAUCUGCUGUGUCUGGAGAUGAGGACAUACAGUAUCGGCUUGUGUCCCGAUUCGUGAACGAGGCGGUCCUGUGUCUGCAGGAGGGAAUUCUGCCCGAUCCAGUACAGGGAGACAUCGGAGCUGUGUUUGGACUGGGUUUCCCACCCUGUCUGGGAGGUCCUUUCCGCUUCGUGGACUCGUUCGGAGCUGAUAAGCUUGUUCAGAAGAUGAGGCGUUAUGAAGAGGCGUAUGGAAACCAGUUCACCCCCUGCCAGCUCCUCCUCGAUUAUGCCAAGGACCCCAGCAAGAAGUUCCACAAGUGAACCUCAGUGUACAAAGCUUCGUAGAUGUAUAGCAGCCAUGCACCCUUUCAUCCUGAAGCUUCAUCCUGAGGAGGAACUUUAGACAGUGGUGCUUAAAAGCCCGUGAACCGUUUAGGAUUUUCCGAAUGAUUACGUAAUGACGCAUCAGUGCAGGGAGUAAUGGUAGAUCGAGAGAACCCAGUGAAUCAAACGAGACCUGGCCAUUUAUUAAUAGAGGUAAAUUAUCUAAUAUGACGUAGCUGUGAGUGGCAUAAAUAUGUGGACGUGUGUUUUUGAUUAUAGGUGUGAACUUUAAUGAGCAGCAGUAACGCAUCGACUUGUUUCCUGACAUCUUUAAAUGUUCUGUAGUUGCAUUCGAUGUGGGUUUAUUAUCGUUGUCUUUCUUUUUUUUUCUUUUCUCGUUAACUCACCAGGCUACCACUGUUGGGCCCCUAAGCAAGGCCCUUAAACAUCAACUGCUGAAGGUAAUUGUAAUCGCUCAGGAUAGGGCUGUGUGCAAAACAUGAUUGGGGGGGGCCUGAUGACAUUCUACAAAUCUUUCAGAGGGCCUCAGAUAUUGGCCUUUGUUUGUGCCAAACACGUUGUGAAGCUCAGGCUUUGAUGGAGCUCUGGUUCGUCUAUAAAACAAGCAGCAUCUGAUCACUCUCACCUGAGUCUCCUGUAAACACCUGCAUCACCUGAUAGUUACGGCUAAUCUCAGGGUUUCACGUAUUUCUCCUGCUCACGGAUGCGUAAUAUUGGAUUGUUUUGUCCUUAAUAAAUAAAUAACAAAUUAAAUAAGUGGUUUUAUUCGGGUUCUGUUUCCUGGUGUAAAACCUGUGCGAUUCUCACUUAUGCUACAAUACGCAAUAUUUGAAAAGGGUUCACUUUUUACUUUCAAGCACCACUGUACCUGUAACCCAUCAUAUCAAAUGUAUAAAGCCUUAAUGUUUGGGAAUUGUUUUAAUCACGUGACCUGCUGCAGAACGUCCAAUUAACCGUCAUUUCAGUUGAAGACUAGCGUACAUUGAGAAGCUAAUUCCUGCCUCCACUUGAACUUGAGCGUUUUAUAUUUUGGUUCAUUUUCAUACGUGACGGUCUUUGAACUGCCAUUUCACCAGACAAUUCAUCAAAUGAUUUGUAAUAUUUGUGAUUUUCGAUUUGUAGCAUAGCCGUACCUGCGACGAAGCUAAAGAAAAUUACGCAGCGUGACGACUUUGGAAAUUCCGGCUGCUGGUGUAUUUAAAAUCACUCACGCUUUGCUAAAUAAUUUUCUUUUUGUCUUUCUCUCUGAAUAAAAAUCACGUCUCUGA